AGAACCAAGAAACUUCGAACUCGAGGCUGAGGGAGGAGUUCAGGAGUUUCGUUGAUUUCACUAACCCAGAAGCUGGUUUCACUCUCCUCUUGUUGUUCAUGGUCCUUUCGGAGCCCAACUCGAUUCUCUGGGAGACGCCAUGAUCGUGCUCUGGACCUCUCUGUUUCUACUUCUCUUCUCAGCUCUCGCCAUCGCUCUCCACAAGCUAUGGUGGACCCCGUAUCGCAUCCAGAGGACGAUGGCCUCACAAGGAAUCAGAGGCCCUCCUUACAAGCUCUUCUAUGGAAACACCCGGGAGAUCCUCCAGUUCAAGAACGAAGCUUCGAGCAGACCCUUGAACCUUUCUCACGACGUCUUCCCUCGCGUCCAGCCUCACAUCUCCACUUGGACUGGAACAUACGGGGCAAAUUAUAUGAGCUGGUAUGGUCUUCUGCCUUGGCUGAUUGUGACAGAGCCUGAGUUGAUCAAAGAGGUGUUGAACAAUAAAGACAAGGCCUUUCCGAAACCUGAAAUGGACGGGUUUGUCAAGAAGCUUUUGGGCGACGGGCUCGUGACGACGGAAGGCGAGAAAUGGGCAAAGCAGCGUAAGUUGGCGAAUUAUGCUUUCCAUGGGGAUAGCUUGAAGGGUAUGCUUCCAGCAAUGGUAGAUAGCGUCCACAUGAUGCUGGACAGAUGGAAAAAUCUACACGGCGAUGAGAUCGAGGUGUACCAAGAAUUUACAAUAUUGACUUCAGAAAUAAUUUCCAGAACUGCAUUCGGGAGCAGCUAUGUGGAAGGAAGAAAUAUCUUCGAGAUGUUAAGGAAGUUGACCUUGAUUGCGUCCAGAAACGCUUUCAAAAUAAGGCUUCCAGGAAUCAGUAAAUUGUGGAAGACGAACGAUGAACUUGAGUCCGAAAAGCUUGAGAAUGGAAUACGUGAUGCCAUGUUAGAGAUAAUUAGGAAAAGAGAAGAGAAGGUGAAAGCCGGAGAAUUGGAUGAUUUGGGGAAUGAUUUUCUGGGACUGCUUGUGAAGGCUUCUCACAGUGAUGAUGAGAGUCGAAGAAUUACAAUUACUGAUCUUGUUGACGAGUGCAAGACCUUCUACAUUGCUGGGCACGAAACCUCAAAUACCAUGCUUACAUGGACUGUCUUCCUCCUGGCGAUUCACCCAGACUGGCAAGAUGAAGCAAGAAAGGAAGUGCUCAACGUGUUCGGCAAUCAGGAUCCAGAUCCUGAUGGUAUUGCGAAACUGAAAACUAUGGGAAUGAUCAUAAACGAGUCUCUGCGAUUAUAUCCUCCAGUUGUUGGUCUCAUUAGGAAAGUUGCUACAAAAACUAGGCUUGGAAAGCUUGUUCUUCCUGCCAACAUGCGCCUAUACAUCCCGAAUUUGAAGCUUCACCACAACCCUCAAAUCUGGGGUGACGAUGCACAGCUUUUCAAGCCGGAGAGAUUCUCUGAAGGGGUUGCUAAAGCCACCAACAACAAUUUGGCGGCAUUCUUCCCUUUUGGCUUGGGACCUCGAACUUGUGUGGGUUUCAAUUUCGCAACUGCGGAAGCGAAGAUUGCUCUUUCGAUGAUUCUGCAGCGCUAUACUUUCUCUCUCUCCCCUGCAUACGUCCACUCACCUACUCAACUUCUCACGACCAGCCCACAACACGGACUUCAGGUGAUAUUUCAUGCACUGUAGUGUGGUGAUUUAUGUGCUCGCAGCAAGUUUGUACAUUCAGAAUCAGAAGACAGUUGAACUUGUCAUUGGCUAGCAUAUGCAGUCAUGUAUUUUGGUGCAUCCAGGUUUUUCUGCCCCGCAGUCAUCACUGUGAAUAACCAGGUUUCGAAUGCUGAAAUAAGAUUGCAUGCCAAAAGAUAAAAAAAAAAGCAACAGAUAAUUGGUCGCAAACUGUGUACAACAGAAUAACGUUAUACAUAGAGUUAUCAAUUUGCAAAUCUGUUUUAGAUAGUGAUGUUCAAGGCCUUUGCUGGGUAUUUGUA